UUGUAUGCUACUAAAAUUAGAUACAGGGAGAAGCUCAAGCUCACCGUGAGUGGCGGUAGUGUGUUCAUGGUACAAGCCACAUCACCAGCAGCAACUAUGUGACUGAUGAUUAACUGUAAUUUUAAUUUCAAUUAUGAUGGACUCUAUUGGUGAAGGGUGAUUGUGCUGAAUGUGAAGGUCAUCUGCUGGUCAUGAGAGAGAGAGAAGUCCAGGAUAAUGAGGACUAAAAUUGAUAAGGACGUGAAGAAAAAGGACAUCGUUGAGCGGGACAGGGAGGAUGUGGAGAAGGUUGUCCCCCCUAAAACGGUCAAGAAAGUAAAGAAGUCGAAGAAGGUCGAGACCGCAGGGGAUGGUCAGAACUGUCACCCUACUACUGCUCCUCCUGAUGUCCCAACGCCCGUUGUGGAUGGAGCUGCAGUAGAGGUCGCCAACGAGGGUCCUGAUGAGAUAGCAGCAGCUGUGAAUUCUAUAACAGAAUGUUUGGAUUUCAAUAAUGCUGUGCCGGAGGUGUGUGAAGAUGUACCUACAAUAGAAAACCAUGUGGAAAGUGACAACUGUAACCCUGAACCUAUUGUUUCAACCUCAAAUCCAAUUCCUGAACAGUCUGAACUGAAGGAUGCGGAGGAACAGGAGUGCCCAGCAAAGAAACCUGUGACUCCUGAAACCCAGACAAAGGUACCAGCAGCAAGUGUGUGUUCAUAUGAAAGCAUCAUUGAUGAGGUUGCUCGGGGUGAUAUCAUUGUUAAAACACCUCCAAGGAAACCGCCUAAGAAAAGACGUAACGAUGAUGUUAAAAUGAAGGAAAAACUUAAUUUUGAUGAUAGUGAGAAAGUGAAAAAGAAUGUGGAAAAGAAAACUUCAGAAAAUGGACAUGUGAAAAGUGAGAGUGUGUCUGAGACAUCUGGUGCGCAGUUGAAGGAUGGCGGUCCUUCAGCAGGGGCUCAGACUGAUUCAAAACCCUGUGAGGCAGGGGCCAAGUCGCGGUCGAAGCGGACGCCGAAGAAGAGGAAGUUUCAUGAUGAACAGGAAGAUGAGAAAACACUGCCAGUUUCAAAACCCAAAGUUACAAAGAAGCCACAAGGUUCAAAGUCAAAGGGAAACUCUGCAACAGAGAAGCCAUCUGAUACUCCAGCAGAAAAGACAGAUAGUCCUAAGCCCAAGAAGUCUCCAAAAAGUAAAGGUGUGAAGGGUAAAGCCAAGGAGUCUAAAGAGACUAAAGAUGCACAAAGCAAAACAGACAUUAAAGAGCCUGUUAAGAAGGCAAAGGAGAAAAAAGCAGCAAAGAAAACCAAGAAGGAUGCUACCAGCAAGACAACAGAGCAGGCUGUGUCAAAGGCUGCCUGCGAGCAGAUGGCAAGUCCUGAAAACCAUGAGAAUGCUCAGUGUUCUAGCGACAGCGGUAUUGGUGGAACUGACUCUGAGAUGAAGGUUGAGAGUGCAGUCAAACCAGCAGCAUCUGGUGCUGCCAUGGAUGCACUUCAAACAACUGUUCAAACUGUCACAUCCGAUGUGCCGGAGAAAAUGGAAAUUUCCGAAUUGACAUUAAAAUCAGAAUCGGCAGAAGCUGAGGGCAAAAGUGCAGCAAAACCAGAAGCUAAAAAGAAAGCUAAAAGUUCCAAACCCAAAAAGCCGAAAGAGAAAGGAAAAGAGAAAGUGAAUGGUUUGACAAAGUCAGACACCAUAGAUGAAAAGGAAAUGUCAGACAAAACCAAACCGCUGAAAAAGGCAAAAGCGAAGAAGAGGAAAUCGGGGGAAGGUGAGAAUGCAGAGAAGUCAGAGAAGAAUGUUACAGAUGGUGAGCCAUCUGCUUCUAAGGAGCAGACGGCCGAACCUUCACCUCAAAAGAAAAAGAAGAAAAACGUUGCAAAUGGUGAUGGUGAAGUGAAAAAAGUUGUGAAAAAGAAGAAAAAAGUUGUGAAGAAGCCAUUAGCAGAUGGCGAGGGUAAAGAAAAUGUAGAGAACAAUGGCGUUGGUGCUUCGUCUGAACUUGUGGCGAGUGUACCUGAGAAUGGUACAAUAGGUGUUGGUGUGAAAAGUGAUAUGGGGGAUGAUGAUAUGGAUGAUGAUGGUGAGGACCUAGGAGGAGAGAACGAUAAAGACGGCGAAGUCAAAGAUGACAGUGUUGCAGCAGAGGGCGACAGUCCGGCCAGUACAAGUGAAAGCAAAUUAGUAAAUUCAAAGCUUUACAAAGAAAAGAAGAUUUUAGAGACUCGAGAGUGUUCUAUGUGUGGUCACAAGACUCGGGGGUUGGCAGCAUUAACCAGACAUAUGAAACGUGCUCAUCAAAUCAUAAGAAAACCACCCAAGUUUAAGUGUGAUAGAUGUGAUUUUGAUGCUGCCAAACGGGUUGUGUUUGCGAAACACAUGCUGCUUCAUGAUGUCAUAAUGUGUUUUAAAUGUCCAUUUGUCUGUACGACACAGGAAGCGCUGGAAGAACAUGUCACAGAGGAGCAUAAAAACAAAGGAGACCUUAAGUUGUGCCGCCUGUGUUCGCGAUAUAUUCGAUGCCCUGAGGGCGAGGACACUCUGGAGAAACACAUGGAGGAGUGCAAGGGUAAAGUGCCGCUUGUUUGUAAGGAGUGCAACAAAGAGUUUAAGUAUGAAUCAGGACUAAAGGUUCACAUAAGUACACAUUUCCCCGAUCAACCCAAACUUUAUACGUGUGAACUGUGUAGCUAUCAGUCCAAUUACAAGGCGAACUUACACAAACAUAUCCAGAACAUUCACCAGGAGCGGCAGAAGACAAUCAAAUGUCGGGAAUGUGAUAAGAUGUUUUACAAAGAGGAGCACAUGAGACGCCACUUGCGUCUUCACGCUGAAAGUAGGCCGUUCCAGUGUGAGAAAUGUGAGAAAGCGUUCAAGACGGUGAACGCAAUGAGGUGUCACAUGGAGAGCCACAACACAGGACGGCCAUUUAAGUGUGACAUCGAUGGCUGCAGUAAGACUUUCCGUACAGCCAAAUUCCUAAAAAACCACGCUGAGGAGUUGCACCAGCUGGGGGAGAAAAAGUAUCACUGCUCGGCCGAGGGAUGCAGCUUCUCAUUCUUCAAGAAAAGUCAUCUGAAGCGUCAUGAAAUCACACAUACAGGAGAGAGGAACUAUCACUGCACAUGGCCGGAAUGUGGCAAGUCCUUCCGGCACUCGGACAACUUGAAGGUGCAUCAAAGGCAGCAUACCAAUGAGAAACCCAUCAAAUGUACAAUGUGCAGCUUCUCCUGUCGGCAGAGGAACUCUUUACAGUGGCAUAUCAAGAGGCAUCACACACAAAAGCCAGGAGAAGAUUCUGAACAGCCACGCGAGCCCCCCGUUUCUGGGAGUAGUGAAAACAGCAAUGAACCGAAAGUGAAUGGUGUGGCUCCUACUCCUCCUACAGCCCCUGCUGCUGCUGCUGCUGCUUCUGGUGCUGCUGUUGCUGAUGCUGCUGCUGCAGCCACCACAAGUGAACAGUCUACCAGUGGAAAGCAUGAAAAGGGAAUUGAUCUGUAUGACUUCAAUGAUGAUGAUUCUGGUGAUGACCUUCCAGUUGUAUUCCGAAGGGACAAGCCAAGAGUUCAUACCCUCACACGAGAAGCUCUUGAUCAACUUCAUGAAGCUGCCAAACUUGAGCCUAAACCCAACCCUCUGCCAGAGUGGGUGAAAUCUAAUGGAGAUGCACCAAAGGAGGAAACAGAGAAAGCAGAGGCAGAGGCAGAGAAAGAGAAAGAACCUGUAAAGACACCUCCUAAAAAGAAGAAGAAAAAGGUCGUGUCUAGCAAAAAGGUUUCUCCAAAAUCUGUUAAAAAGGUGAAGUCACCUAAAGGAACUAAAGCAUUGAAAUCAACCAAGUCAUCCACUCCUCCUAAAUCUCCUAAAGCAACAGCAGCUCCGAAAACUCCAAAGUCACCCAAGUCGCCCAAGUCUCAGGGAAUGAAGAAGAAAGUUAGUCCAGAAGUAGCCAAGAAGAAAACACCAGUAUCAAAGAAGAAAGUCUCUCCACAAAGCAAGAAGGCAGCAAAGAAGAAGUCUCCUACUAAGAAAAAGGAAACAAAGCCUAAGGGUAAAGCAUCUGUGAAGAAAACAAAGACUAAAAAGGCAGCUGCUGUUGAAGAAGAUAAACCUGAGGAAGCGGUGGAAGAGAAGGAAGCAAGUGAUGAACAAGAGAAAGAACCUGAAGCUGAACCACAACCUGUAGCUGAACCUGAAGCUGAAGUUGAAGCUGAAGCUGAAGCAGAAAUCCCAGUUGAACCUGAGGUUGUUCCAGAACCUCAACCUCUAUCUCCACAGACUCUCCAUAAACCACAAAGUCCAGAGAGUGAUGACAGCUCACCAAGUCCACAUAGCCCCCACAGUGACCGCAGUGUGUGUAGUCCACUCCUCAGUGACAAUGAGAGUGAGGGUCAGCCUCAGCCUCUUCCUGUUGAGCAGGAGGAACGAGAAGAGGAACACAUUGAGGAGAAGCAGGAGAAUCUGGAGGAAGCCUUCGAGGAACUUGAAGUUCCUCCUGUUAUUGAAGUUCCCAAAGAAGAGGCCAUGUCUCCUGGACAAGCUCAACAAGAGGCAAUUGAUAGAUCACUUGAGGAGAAUCCUAUCAUUGAUGAUUCUACUCUGAAAGAUCUGAACUCACAACAAGAUGUGAGGCAGUACUCACCAGCAUUGGUCGAGGAACCUGAGGAAAAGAUUGAAGAACAACAAGGAGAUGAUGAAGAACAGAGGGUCUCCUCUGAUGAUGAAGUCCCCAAUGAUAUUCUCCUGACUCCACCACGAGCACCUGCUCCUCCUCCACCUCAGAGCCCAUCAGAGGAGGAAGAGGAGGUGGAGGAAGUGAUGCAACCUGUGCAAUCUCCUCUCCCUGCGCCUGUCUCUGUCUCUGUUCCUGUUCCUAUUCAAGAACCACUCUCUCAUCCUGAACCUAUGUCCAACCAACCCUUGUCCAAUCAACCUUUGUCCCAAGUGUCGCAAGAUCAGCAGCAACCGUUGCCUAGCGUGGAACCUCCGAAAGAUGAUGCUCAGCCACCACCACCACCACCACCACCUCCUCAACCAAGUGCUCAAUUCCCUCAUCAGGCACCUGAAUGUGACAAGGAUUACUUGGGGCAAUAUCUCCAGGACCUAAAUGUACCUGGCAACACCCCAAGAGAAGCUGUUCCAGAUGAGCCCAACCGUCUCCAGAGGCUGGAAGAACUGGCGGAGAAGCCUCAUGAAGACAGUAGAGAUAUCCCAAGAGCAGCAUCUGUGGCCAGUAAUGUUAUCACUCACACAAGUAUGCAACCAUUUCAUGACAUGUCCCAUAAACGCAUGGAAAUCUUGGCCUGUGAUCGUUCUCAAGAACAACACUUCCAGAGGGACACAGCAUCUGCGCUUCCACGACUGCCAGACCCUGCCCCAUUCGAAACAUUUAACCCACUCAACUCAAUUCAUAGUGUAUCUAGAGAGAAUAAUUUCUUGCGUCAAAAUGAAAAUAUCUUUUCUGCACAAACCACAGGUAGUAGUUUCAUGAGGCUGGGCGAGAGUGAGGCCAUGAGGCAGAGAAUGACCACACCUUUCUUGCCUCAAAAUGACAGAACUGCCAUCUCACGUCUCCCAGACACAGCGCUGAGACCAACUAACCCAGCUCUUCUUCGCCGACCAACAACCAUGCCAAGUACGGACAUGUUUCCUACGCCUGCCAUGUCUCAGACCAUGCAGAGGAACCCCUUCACCAACACAUGGUCGGGCCAGGAGGUCCGGCCCCCUCACUGGCCACAGGCUCCAUACUUGCAGCGCACAAUAGAUAGACAGCCGAACACCACACCUGCAACGCUCUUUGCCAAAGACAACUACCUCGCCAGUCGCGACUUUAUGUUUGACCCCUCUAGGACAAUGACAGAGCGUAAUAUGUUUGCCAGUCUCUCAUCUCCGCAGCCCCAGAGAGAACUGGCACCAGAGACGUUUCCACUUGAAUUGAGUUAUUUCGGAAGUCAUCCGUACUCAGGAACUGCUACAUUAGACUAUAGUAGGCCACCGUGUGGAACUGCCACUAAAACUUUCGACGAGCGUUAUCGUCAGACUGCUGGUACAGCCAUGAGUGACUUCCGAGGUUUGCCCCAAACUUCUUCCACUGAUGUGUUCAGUGGAAUUGGUGUAAAUAGCAGUUUCAAUUUAGACAAAUAUAUGUACCCCAGAGACCCUGUGUAUCAUCCGCAACAUGUUGGUGACAAUACUAAUAGUGCUUUCCUAACGCAUAGUACACCCACUCAACAUUCUGUGUUUGACAGGGAAUACCCCCAUCGUAGCCUUUACCCUCAUCAAAACCCCCCGUAUCCAUUUCUAGAAGAGAGGCAGUACUCGACGGCAGCCAAACUGACUCAUUCAGCGGGACCCACGGUCAACCAAGACCGGGACUUUAUGGCCCGACCCAACACGGCGGAGAGCCAGAUGCCCCCGGAUCCAUACCGAUGUGGGGUGCUCUACAAUGUCAUGAAUAGAUAUUCAUUUGAAUAGACGAGUGUUUGUUAAGUUUUGUUUAUGUAUCUCAUUGCCUUUUCAUAUGUAUCAAGUUCAAACUGUUUUGCUGUGCCUCCUUCACUGAAGACAGUAGUCUGAUAGGUUGAGUGAUGUUAACCUAUUAGGAAUACCUUUGAAAAUAUAUCGUCUUCAAUGAAUCAACUGAACUUAUAAUUUGUUUGGUUCCAUUCAAGAACUAUUUUUCUCUGGUAUUGCAGGAUUUAGAUGUGCUUAGAAAGUUUUAUGCUAAUGAAUCUAAAAAAUUCCUUCCUUUUUGUAUAUUUGAGGAAUUUUUCUGUAAUUUAGCAUCAAUGGAUGUAUUAGAAGCACAGUAUUUGGUUGCAGAAGACUAUCAUCUUCAGUGAAGAUUGCAUCAGGAUAAUUGUCUAUUCAAGGAUCACACUUGAAAGUUCAAUUGUUUAAAUUUUAAUUACUUAAGGUGUUGUUAAUUUCAGGAGGAACACUGAGGUACUACAUGCACUGAUUCUACCAGUUUGUUUUCUAUGUACAGUCAUUUCUGAAGUAACUGAGCAUGCAGGGAUGACUGGGACAAUGUGAAAUUUUAGGAAGAAAUAAGGCGUGAUGGCUUUUUUUCCAAAUCUGCCAAUGUACUUAAAUAAUGAAUACUUACCCGUACAUUGUACUAUCAAUAUUCAUAUAUUCAUCACGUCAGGUUUACGAUCUAAGUCCUAACAUUAUCUGUGGCCCAUAGGUGUUUACUGGUCACAUCAGUUCUGUUUGUGAAGCCUACAUCGAGUCACACUGUUAUGAUUCACUAACGCUUGAUUCGGAGAAAAAACUAGGUCAUACUUAUGAUGUUAUCAAGGGGAGGUAACUCUGAAUAGUCAGUUUGUCUGUUCCAGCUAUCCAAGCAGUAAGUAUGGUUUUACGCCGCUUUUAGAAAUAUUCCAGCAAUAUCACGGCGGGGGACAGCAGAAAUGGGCUAUCCAAGAAGUAGAAGUAGGAUUUUCAUACGGUAAUGCUGAAUGACCACGUAUGCUCUCUUACUUCAAAAUAGACCUGUACUUAAUGCAUAAAGUAUUUCACAAGUGUUAUUGAAGUGUACUUAAUGGAUUCAGUAAAUUAAUCAAGCUGCGUCUUUAGAUCCGUUCAAACAGCUUUAUGAAAUAAUGAGACAUUACUUACUUACUUGUGAAGUGAUUUGUUUGCUUUGACUUGAAAAUGUUUCCAAAUCUGCAAAAUAUGUGCAAUGUAGGCAAUAGCAUCUUGUGAAGAUACUUGACCUGUUUCCUCUGUUAAUCCUGUUGUUCAAGAACAAGAUCUGAGUGCCAUCUUAGUGAACAUCUGUUUUCUGUAAACACAAGAUAAAGAAAUAGGAUGGGAAAGGUGGGAUGGAAUCUUUGCUUGCCUGUCUGAACACCUAAGUUUCCUUUCAGUUGUUGUUGUCCCCAGCAUUAAUAUGAGUUUGAUUAAGAUAUCAGUAUUGUGAAGCCUCUUUUGAAGGGUGAAUCAGGUAACUUGUGUAGGCGUGGCAUGGACGUGGUCACUUUGUAUCCCAAGACAACAGUAGCUGGUGCCUUGUCUUUUACCAUUAUUUUCAUUAUGUGGUCUAACAAAAGAUCCUUUCAAAAUAGAUUCACAUUUUUAUCCCCAAAUAUUAACAUAAAAGAUUCUCAGCGUUUACCUUAACAUUUUUGUUAAGAUAUUUUUAUACCAGCAGACCAGAAUCAGUAGCCAGAAAAUGUCACUAGCACGUCCAGAUAGAUCAUUAUACAAGGCUUGUAUUACAAGCUAUAUUAAGCAUUUUCUAUGCCUAGUUCGCCGUUAAAACAGCCACAUGUCCAAGAGUCUCGUUAAAUUGUAUUUGGUCUUUUAAUCUUAACGGAUAAUAGUCCACAGUAUGUUACGGAAGAGAGAAGUUUGGGUUAAUUACAAUGUUUGGCUGGGUUGGUUGGUUGGUUUGUUUGUUUUGUUUGUUGUUUAAUGCCGCACUCAGCAAUACUCCAGCUAUAUGACGGCGGUCUGUAAAUAAUCGAGUCUGGUCCAGACAAUCCAG